AUGGACAGAACCGAACUUAGGACAGAUAGAAUAGGUGUUUUGGAUUUCGACAUUUGUGGUCCAAGUCAACCGAGAUGUUUUGGAGUUUUACAGGAAACUGUUCACAGUUCUGGUUCUGGAUGGUCACCAGUGUUCAUCAACGAUAACUUGUGCAUAAUGUCCAUUGGAUUUUUCAUAAACCCUGACGAUGCUGUCAUAUGGCGAGGACCUAAGAAAAAUGGUAUGAUACAGAAAUUUUUAAGCCAAACCGAUUGGGGUACUGACAUGGAAUAUUUGUUAAUGGAUACCCCCCCUGGUACAUCCGAUGAACAUUUGUCAGCACAUACAUAUUUAAAAGAAUGUGAUUUGACUGGUGCCAUAAUUAUUACGACACCACAAGAAGUUGCUCUGCUUGAUGUCAGGAAGGAAAUUGAUUUUUGUAGAAAGGUUGGAAUUCCUGUAUUAGGUGUUAUUGAAAACAUGUCGCUUUUCAUUUGUCCAAAAUGUACGCAUCAAUCGGAGAUUUUUCCAGCUCGAACCGGUGGAGCCCAAAAAAUGUGCAAUGAUUUAAAUUUAAAAUUACUAGGAUCGAUGCCACUUGAACCUAAAUUAGCCAGAAGUUGUGAUGAGGGCAAAGAUUAUUUAGAAGAGACUAGUAAAGAGACUCCGGCUGUUCAAGCACUCAAGACGAUAGUAGAAAAUUUGCUGGCAACUCUUCCUGAGUCUUAAUAAAAAAUAAUAAUAAAUAAAUCACGUUGAAGGAAUUUAUUAAAAGAGGACCAAACCAAUGGAAAUAUUAAUGGAUGAUAAAUUGGAAAUAUUUUUUAAUAACAC